CAGUAUGACAUGCAGAUGAGUGCCGUCGAUCUUAGAAUCACCGCACUACAACAAACUUCACACAUUUGGGCAGUCACUCGGGGCCAAAACCAGUGUUUGGAGCCACAGUGUGGCGGUGGAUGGCAGCAGCAAUGGGAGGCCAUACAGCAACCUAUUGCAAAAUGGAAACCAGGCAGGAGUGUGAGGAGAACCUAUCAAAGUGGCACAUGGCACAGAAUGGCGAUGGAGACAGCAGCAAUUAGGGAGGCCGUACAGGAACCCAUGAGAGACUCUGGACCUAUGGCAGCAGCAUCGAGGAGGCUGGUAUAAGGGGCCACAUGCAAGAUUUAGGGGCCUGGCAGCAGCUAUAGGAGGCCUGUAAUCUGCCCAGCACCCCAAAAAAAUGUGUCAAAAAAUUCAACACAACCAGCAGUGUGAGGAGGACCUGAAAGUGGCACAU